AAUUUUUAAGAUAUUACACGGAAUACAUAUAAAUGAAGGGCAAAAUGGUCAUUUUUAUGAAAGGGAAAAAAAAUAACACCAAAGAAUAAAAGAAAACAAGUGAAGCCCUUCUACAAAUAGCUUUAUAAGGGUUGUACAUAAAGCCAUAAAACACUUCCUUGCAGAGUUAGCAACAGCAACAUCAUCAUCAUCAAUAACAACAACAACAAAAGAAAGAGAGAAAGAGAGAUGGUUGGCAUCUUUUGGCCCUUCUCAGGCAACACAAGGGGCUAUGAUUGUCCUUCUCUUCUGAAGGAAAGCUUGGUAAGGGAAAGAGAUGAAGCUGAAGAUACCGAAUUUGCGUAUGAGGAUGUUGAAGAAGACAACUCUGCUGUGGUUGUUGAAUUUAACGGCGAGGUGAAGCCCAUCGAACACCCACUACAACCUGUAGAUGAUGAUCUUCCGAUGACUUUUCCGAUGACCGGCUGCUCCCCCUUUUACAAUGGUGUAAGCAUGGGUAAAAAACUUGAACUACUGAUGCCGAAUGAAGAAAACAUGGUUACGAAGAUACCGAAUGUACGUGCGAGCAACCGUGGACGACCAACAAAGAUUCGAUAUCCGAGUGCGCCUCCAUCUUCCAGGAAUGCACCAGUACAACUCUUUUCUGCUAUUUCAAUGUUUUGAAGUUUCUGAUUCUAAUGUCACUGCAUAACACAUCUGAGAAAUAGUCCUGAAAUUGGUGCUUCUUGACAAUUUUACAUUUGAAGCAAACAGUACAAAUUUGCUUAGCAAUGUAUUUUUAAAAACACGCAUUGGUGAUAUCAAGCAAACAUUUUGUACAAGAACAAAAAA